GUUUGAAUGUGUGCGUUACCCUUCUGGUCUCUGGUGCAGUUCUUCACCAGUAUCAAUUACUCACUAACCACUACAAUAAUCAUAUUCGUCCUUUCAAACUACAACCAUUCUGAAAAUAUGCCGAAAGUAUUCAGACCAUCGAUAAAACAAGUUAAACCUCACGUAAAAACAAAUGAGGUUGAAACUCAAGAAAUCAGACAAAAUAUGAGGCUCGAUCCCCAACCGGCGAAGGAGUCGUUACCCUGCGCUUUUCAAAGUGAUCCAAAGCCAAGUUCACCACUUCCCCUGCAGAAUUCCUGUGAAACUCCUAAGAUGGUUACUCAAAGACCAACUGACCUUGACCUAGAUGUCCACGUUAGUUCCGAAAAUAUUCAACAAGCACCCAAGGAAAUAGUGAAUUUAUUUGUCUCUAAAAAACCUCGGAAGUUGAAAGUGAAGCCAACUGAAUUAAUACCUCCUGUAGAUCAACCUCUUGAUCGAGCUUCUGUCACUCUUCGUUCAUUAUUACAUUGGGUCCCUGUAAAUAAACCGCCUCCAACUUAUCGACAGGAGCGUCUUAACUCCACUACUUGUUCAGUAAGUGGGGACAUUGAAGCAAGUGAUUCUGACCUCAAAUUGCAUGAGGAAAAUACUAAAAAUUCUGAGUUGAAGGAAAAUUCAGAAAAAUGUCCAUCUAGUGAUGUUUAUUUAGAUCCGUUAGCUCCUCAAUUACGAAUUGAUGCUAAUGGAAAUAUUGUGUUGGAUGAAACCAGUUUACUAGUUGGAAAACGGGAGAAUUUCGAUGCAAAAACUCUACGCCAUAUUAAUGAAGAAACUGGCGUCCUCAGUGUUAACUAUCGUAGCUUCCGACCUCCCCGGGAUGGUCAUGGGAGGAAAUGGACAGAGCGUGAGACCACACGAUUCUACAGAGCGUUAAGUACCAUUGGGACUGAUUUUUACGUGAUGGAAAAAAUGUUUCCCCGCCGGAAGCGAUCGGAACUCGUUAGCAAAUUUAAACGAGAAGAAAAACGCAAUCCUUAUCUAGUCAAUCAAGCAUUACGAAAUCGUCGAACUUACGAUCUGAUCAAUUUAUUCCCCUCAAGUGAUGAAGAAGAAAAUGCAAAACCGGAUAAACCUUUAAAACUCAUAAGAAAAAAAUCUAAAUGUGAUCAAGAUUCAAAUGAAAUCAAUGAACAAUCAUGUGAUCAAAAUUUUGAAGUAGUAAGUAAACCGAAAGCAAAAAGAAAAAGCUUACUUCGUAGAGAUCCAGAUUUUGAAAGCCAUCUUUCAGAAACAAUCGACCAUGUCUUAUCACAAUUUGAAAAUCCCGAUGCUAGUCGCCAUAGGAACCAGUCGAUUCAGCAUACUGAUAGUGGACAACAGCUUAAAAAUAAUACUAAUCACCGGUAUGAUUUUAGGCGUUCCACGCGCAGUACUCCAUCUUUACAAAAAAUGAUUUCACUCAAGAAAGCAGAGCUUGCUGCAUCCAAAGAAACUAACCUUGCAGAUGAUAUAAACUCGCCUCAAUCUUCUAAAACUCCCGAAAGUAACCCUGUAGUUACCCCAAAGGCAGGAGUUCCUAAACGUCCUAAGUCCUAUUUUCGCCCGAAAAUCGAUCUUUUUAAACUCAGUGACACCAUUUUGGGUGAAUCAUGAUAAUUUUUCCCUCCGUAUAUUUGUGUACAUAAAAUUUACUUCGUCGUUCGUUUGUUUUAUAUUUAGUUUUUGUAAUUCGUUAGUGAUGUUUAAUUUCUCCUGUUUGCCUUAUCUUAGCUGUCAACAUGAAAUCAUGUAAAUACAUUGAUUUUCUUUUGUUAAAUUUAAGCUGAAACAUUUGGUACGGUUUACUUUCGAGUCUAUGUUGUCAUAGAAUCAUUUAAAAACGUCAUCAGUAUUGUUGAGGUGAAAUUUUUAAUAUUUUGAAUGUCUUUCUGGACUUUUUUUAGUUAGAUUGCUAAAGACUUUCGUCCGUAAUACGCUAAUGUUCUGACUGAACUUCAUUUAUUGUAAACGGUCUUUGAUCCCAGAAUAAAACUUUUUCAUCCCCG